ACCUAGGAGAGUGGCCACCUCGGGCUGUGGUUUGCUCGAGCUCCAGGUCGCCUCAAUCGGCCGGGACGGCUGCGCCCCCUCUAUAGAGAACUCCACAGGUCACGGAAGCAGGGCGGACGAAGCAGAGGGGAGUCCAACUGCCGGACGCGGCCACUCCAGGCGCUGCAUCGAUACGCGGCGCCUUUCCAGGCCCUUCCCUUGGACCAGACCGUGCAUCCAUUCCGGAUCGGUGACCAGGUCCUUAUCAAAAAGUGGAAGCGUGACCCUCUCACGCCGAGGUGGGACGGUCCACACACUGUUUCGCUCAUCAGCCAAGCCACGGUUAAAGUCCUCGGGAGCGACAAAUGGACACACCACACACGGGUUAAGCGGUUCCUGAACCCGAACCUGGAAGCCGACUCAACAGAAGAUGACAUCAGCCCUCUGUCCGCCCCGGCUCCGGAGGCCCGGGGUGGCACGGGCGAAGACACCGUCUGGGAAUAUCAAGGACUUGACGGACUGAAAGGACUAUUUAAGAAAAAACGAUAAUGAACUUAUUACUGAUAAUAUUGCUUAUGUAUUCACACUGCUACUAUGGUUGGGAAAAUAGGUUUGUACAACUAGGGGAAACAAUAGCUAAUUCCUUUAAUCUUAGUAGUUGCUGGGUAUGUGGGGGCCCAGGGGAUUGGAAUGAGUGGCCUUGGGUAGCCCAGCCAGUACAAGCUAAAUGGUGGAUUAGUAAUUUGAGUAUAGUCCAUGAUGGAACGGGACAUUGGACUGAGGAUAGCAGUCCUUGGCGCCUCUAUUCUUCUGGAGUAGGGAUCCUUUGUCUCAAUCGGACUCGACCAGAGGGAGUGUAUGUGGGAGAAAGCCGAUGUGACUGGACCCUAUCUCUAGGGUUUGACUGCUACGAUCACCCUAGUUGCCAUACGUAUGACUGUUCUAAAUAUCAAGGGCGAUGGAACGACACCCACGUACAACUCACUAAUCAUAGCUGGGUACAGUGUUCUUUCCAACAUCAUCGCAGCGAGGGUUGUAAGGCAGUAGCAGGGGAUCAUUUCUUUGAUUCCCUCUUUAUAAGCUGCCAGCGCGAUGAUACCAUCAGUAAGGACCAUGUGGUACGCUGGUACCAAUGGGCAUGGCAACACUCUAAUGGAAUUCGGGUAGCCCAUUUCAACCAUUUCUGGUCUACAACCAAUAGCCCUAAAUUCGGUUGUAAUUGUGGUUGGAGGGAAGGGGCUGGGGCAUGGAAAUGUGAAUAUUGCAAUCCCGAAGGUACGUCCAUCGUACUAGGGGGUCCCCUAGAGAUGGGUAACUCUUUAUACUAUGAAGAACCGGGCCCCGAAGACGACCCCGAAACCUGGGAGGGCCCCUUUGCAAAAGGAAAUUGGGCCCUAAAGGGUCACUAUUGGAUAUGUGGGCAAUACGCUUAUCGAAGACUGCCCCCAAAUUGGUCAGGAAUAUGUUACGUCGGCUACAUUAGGCCCUUGUUCUUCCUGCUACCCCAGGUACAGGGAGGCAAAUUGGGAGUCAAGGUGUACGAUGAUCUGAUUAGGGAGAGGCGGUCUGUGGAUUCCUCAUUGACCGUUGGAAGCUCCCAAACGUGGGGAGCUCAGGAAUGGCCCCCUGAGAGAAUUAUAAAACAUUAUGGGCCAGCUACAUGGAAUCCAAAUGAAUGGAUCGCAGGGGCAAGAGAGCCCAUUUACAACUUAAAUCGGAUAAUCAGGCUGCAAGCUAUCUUGGAAAUAAUAACUAAUCAGACGGCUGAGGCUCUUGAUCUCUUAGCCGAUCAGUCCACUCAGAUGAGAAAUGUGAUCUAUCAGCAUCAUCUAGCUCUUGAUUAUUUGUUGGCAGAGGAAGGAGGAAUCUGUGCAAAGUUAAACGAGUCUAACUGCUGCUUACAAAUAGAUGACAAUGGAAAAGCAGUAAAACAAAUAACAAAGGAAUUGAGGAAGUUAGCCCACGUCCCGGUCCAAACCUGGGGUGGUUGGAAUACGGAUUGGUUUACGUCCUGGUUGCCGCAACUAGGAUGGCUGCGAGAAGGUUUUCUUCUCUUUGUGCUUUUUAUUACAACCCUACUAACCCUAGCUUGCUUCGCUCCCUGUGUAGUCACCUUGGUUCGACGAAUGGUGAAUCGAAUGAUACAUCAACGGAUGAUGGCUAUGUAUCAGCCAGUAAAAGCUGAAGACUGGGGGCCGUAAGGCUCUCAAAUUGCUUUUUAGGGGGGAAUUGUUAGACAAAAGGGCCAGAU